AUGGACUCUUAUGUGGAAAACAACGUGAAUGCCGUCAGAAGGAGCAAAGAGGAGAAGAAAGUUCUUAAAAAACAGAUAAAAGCCAGUCACACUUUGCUGAAACAUGAAGGCAUCAGUACAGCAGCGCAGCCCACCAAGAGUUUGGUGGUGGCUAACGGUGGCCUGGGAAACGGCAUUAGUCGAGAGGAGCUUUCUGCAGCGCUGAAGGACAUGGGAGAGGUGGAGAGUCUGGUCAUGCCUCCUCACAAGCCCUAUGCUUUCGUCACGUACAGAUCUGAAGAGAGUGCUCGAACCGCUCAGGUCAAACUUAACGGACAAACGCUGCAGUGUGGGGAGAAUAGUGUCACGCUCUACCUCAGUUACGUGGAAUCAGUAACCUACGAAGAGGAGGCGUCUGUCCCUUUACCCGAAGGAUUAAUCUUGGUGGAGGAUUUUGUGUCUCCAGAAGAGGAAGCUGCGCUGCUCACUGCUAUAGACUGGUCGUCCACUAAUGAUGAUAUCACCGCUCAAAAAGCUCUGAAGCACAGAAGAGUCAAACAUUAUGGUUUUGAAUUUCGCUAUGAUAACAACAACGUGGAUAAGGACAAGCCGUUACCAGCAGGUCUCCCUGAGCAGUGUUUACCGUUAUUGGAUCGGUGUAUAAGGAACGGACACAUCAGCAUCAUGCCGGACCAGCUGACUGUAAACCAGUAUGAGUCUGGACAGGGCAUUCCCCCUCAUGUGGACACUCACUCUGCCUUUGAGGACACCAUCCUAUCUCUGAGUCUGGGGGCAAAGAUCGUGAUGGAGUUCCGUCAUCCUGAUGGUGGUGUUGUUGCCGUGGUGCUGCCGGGACGGAGCCUCCUGGUGAUGAAGGGAGAGAGCAGAUACCUGUGGACCCAUGGAAUUACUCCUAGAAAGUUUGACAUGGUGCCGGCCUGCGACCCACAAUCCCCUGCUCAUGCGAGGCCUGACCUCGGGACUCACAGCAAUCUCACCCUGAGCAAGAGGGGCACCCGCACUUCGUUCACUUUCCGCAAGAUCAGACACGAUCCCUGCCGCUGCGCCUUCCCCUCCGCCUGUGACAGUCAGGGAGCUCCAUCAGCGCCCUCUCUGCCACCGUCUCCCCCGACGCUUCCCUGUUGCCGUGCCGACGCAGCCCGCCUGGAGGAGGAGUACGUGCACCGGGUGUACGACGCCAUCGCCCCCCACUUCAGCAGCACUCGCCACUCCCCCUGGCCUCGCGUCUGCCACUUCCUCACCUUGCUCCCGCCCGGCAGCGCACUGGCUGAUGUGGGCUGCGGGAACGGAAAAUACCUCGGAGUGAACCCAGACGUGAUUGCAGUGGGAUGUGAUCGUAGCAGUGCUCUUGUCCAAAUCUGUGCAGAGAGGGGUUUCCACGCAUUUGUGUCCGAUGCUCUUAGUGUCCCUUUGCGAACAGAGUCCUGUGACGCCUGCAUCUCUAUAGCUGUCAUACACCACUUUUCCACACAGGAGCGUCGACUGGCAGCAGUGAGGGAGCUGGUGAGGCUUCUGAAGCCUGGAGGUCGGGCGCUCAUCUACGUUUGGGCUUUUGAACAAGAAUACAACAAGCAGAAGUCCAAAUACCUCAAAGAUACCAACAAAGAGAAUCAUAACAAUCACAGCCCCACUAAAAACACUUCAGAGGACAGUCAGGAACCUCGUGGGAAAUCAAGUAUCCAUGUCAGUAGCCAUUUAGAAGAUAGCUGCAGGCCAGAUGGCAGCAUGUCAGAUGUUAGCAAAGUGUCUGAUGGCAAGCUUAGUGUGCACACCAACCGCACAGCCUUUAACACCCAGGACCUGUUGGUUCCCUGGCAUCUAAAGGAGGGGAAGAAACGAGAGGACGAGGAAUCAGGAGACAGUGGCAAGAAGGAUAAAAGAAAGGACAAGUCUAAGAAGGUUUCAAGUAGCUCUUGUUCAGCCUCUAGUUUGAGUCCCAAAUCUGACCCUGGUCCAGGUUUUGACUCCAACAUUUCUUCUGAAUCAAGACUCGACACCAGCGAUGCCACUCACAUCUCAGACUCGAAACCCAGUCCGAACAGCGACACCACUCAGACCUCCAGUUCUACCGUAAAGUCAGCACCCGUCUUUCACCGCUAUUACCACGUGUUCCAGCAGGGGGAGCUGGAGCAGCUGUGUGGUCAGGUAGCUGGAGUCACAGUGCAGAGCAGCUACCACGACCAGGGGAACUGGUGCAUUAUAUUAGAGAAGGAUCGUUUGGAGUAAUUUUGCUACUGUUGAAUGUUUGGAGAGUUCUGUUAUGAACAAUGACAGUUUAAUUUUUUUUUUUAAAUGUAAAGGAUCCUGUACUGGUUUACAUGUUUUUAAAUGUACAUCAGGAAAAUUAGUUAAAAGGUUAAAGUUAGAAAUUGGGAUAAUGCAUCAAAAUCAAAUAUUUCGACAUGCCUCAUUCAAAAAUCUGCCUAAAAUAAAUCAGAAUCUGUAAAAACUUGAAAACUGUGCUAUGACCAACAAUCACCUGGCAAAACUUCUGGGACUUUUCAGCUGAGCUAGGCUGAACUACAGGCCGUGUUUGCACAGAGGAGAUCAGAUGCAGGAAUGGAAUUAAAUUACAAAUGUAAAAAGUAAAAAAUCUAAUGAGUCACCUUCUUUUUGUAAUGAUAACACCUGAGCAAAUAAUUUGUACAUGUUGAUUUCAAGGGAUUUUUUGUUUGUUUCCCAAAUUUAAAAAAAUACGUUUUACUUCUUUU